AUGAAGGGAGCACUGCUUGUGCUGGCCUUGCUGGUGACCAGAGAGUUGACCUUCAAGAUGCAUGAGGCGGAAGCCUGCCCUGUGUUCUAUAAAGCUGUCAGUGCUGUGAGCCUUAGACUCCCAAGUAAAGCACUGAAUGAAACCUUAGAUUCCAUUGAUGCUAAUGAGGCAGAAAGAGCGGCCUUUGAAAAAAUCCGGGAUUGCUUCAUUGAAGCAAGACCUGAGGACAGGUUUAAUCAUCUGAAAUAUAAGGUGUCCAUCAUCUUCAGUAACGAUUGCACCGGCUAUAAACUGUCCUCGGUGGUGAAUGCUCUUAUAGGAUUUGCUUCCAGUCUGCUCUCUUUGGUGGGAUAA